CUACACACCACCAACGUCUUUCUUUACUCUCAAGGCUCAGUCACCGACCUUUUCGGUUCUCUGGUUUGCUCAAGAGCAUCUCCGUCGCAUCAUGGAACAGCCACCCCCCGCCGAUCAACCACAACAGCCUCCGCCUCCGACACUCACAAAUCCUCGCUUCACCCUCGAGCUAGAGUUUGUGUCUUCUCUCGCCAAUCCCUACUAUCUGUCCCACCUCGCCGUGACAUAUCCGAAUCUGCUGGGCAUAAACAAGUCUGGUGAUGACAGCGACGUGAACAAUGAUUCCACAGACCCCGACGCGCAGGCAUUUGCAGCGUACCUGGCCUACCUCUAUUCCUACUGGAAGACCCCCGAAUACGCCCAGUUUCUGACCCAUCCUGGUGCCACUUUGCGGGCGCUACGACUACUGCAGGAGGAGACCUUCCGUCGCGACAUUAUUCGUCCCGAUGUCAUUGAAAGGCUAGCAGGGACCGAUAUUGCCGCCGAACCCGUCGACCCAGCUGCGGAGUCUGGAGACCAGGAGGGCGAGCAAGCCAAAGCAAGCUAGGAAGGCAUGCGGUUACACUAGAUACAGCAGGAAACAGACGCGCUGUAUAUUGACCUCGGUGUGAAUUGGCUCGGUGGUCUGUCCGGGAUGAUGUCCUGCUUGAGCCACCGUCUUCUUUUACCACUAGGCUGCGGAGAGGGGGGUAUAUGGAGA